UUCAGGUGAAAUUCGUUUUCGCCGCCCACUGUGUGGUGCUGUUCUUUAUUAUCUUCUUCUGGUUUCCAAACACAAACCGCAAAAAACAACCCGACCCGACACAACCCGACCCGAAUUCACAUUUUCUUCAAUCGGAACAGAUCGAACCCAAUAACCGCACUAAUAAAUUCUCAUCCCUCUUCCACCUUUCUCUCUCUUUCUCAGUUUUCAAUCUCGCUACUAAUCAGGAUAUGGAGGAGGAUAUGAAAAUUGUUGAUAUUGUUGAUGUUCCUGAUACCCCAGAUAGACCAAAUGUUGGAAACCAUGCUAAAAAAAUUGUAGGUAAUCCCGAGAAGAGGGGGAGGGAUUUUCCUGUUGCUGGUGAAAUAAGCAACUGCAGCAACUAUAUAAUAUUGUCUCCGGAUAAAUGUUACCCAUCUCAGAAUGCUCCCAUAUUUAGGAGAGCCCAAGCUGAGAAAGUUUAUGGACUUGGGACAUCACACUCUAAUGGAGGUGAAAAGAUGGAGAAAGGGAAAACUGUAAGCUCCAAGGUUCCUUCUAGGUCAUCUCAUCAUGGGCAUUUUCCUGUUUUUGAUUUGACUGAAGAGAAUGGGCAGUCCCAACAACCAAAACCAGCUUCCUCACAUCGUGGAUCGAGAGAUAACACAAUUGAAGACAAGAAAGAAGUGAAAGCAAGUAUUGGGAAUUCUUCGUUACCCUUAAUCACUGGUUCUUCGAAUACAUCCAGAAAUGCAGUCACUGGAAAGUAUAAAUCAGAUAACAAAAUACUAAUUCCUAAUAUAUUUAUGGACCGUGGCAAGAGCAUUGCUCUGUCAAAUGAUUCGCAAUCUCAACCGAAAGUUGAAAAUCAACUUCCUUUGCCUCCUCGUCCUUCCACUGCAACUAGAGGUAGAGGGCACAAGAGAUUGGUACGGAAUGGGUGCAUUUCGCCACAUAAUAUUGCAACAAGGGCAAAACAAUCAGCUGAACAGAGCAGCCCUCAAACCAAUGAUGUAGAACAGACCUGUGCUGGGCAUUCAGUUUCUAGCAAUACAAUGUCUCCAAUUAGUGUUGAUGAUAUUGUUGCUGAAGAGAGAGGUGGUGGUAGAGUGAAAGGAAAGGGAGUGCUUAUUCAUCCUUCACAUGGAGCUAGUGCUAGAACUAUUCACACUGAUAGCAGCAGCCCUGUGGUCAAUUAUGAAGAGGCCAGUGGCAGUAGUAAUAAACCAAUAAAUUCAGUCGGAAACUGGGAGAGACAAAGUGGUUGGAGAACUACACAUAAUGAUGUGAAUGGGCAUCAUUCAAGGAGAAGUUUUAAUGAAAAAUUUAUUCACAGACAGAAUAUGAACAGUAUAGAAAGAAGGGACACUGGGAGCAGUCAAAAUGGCAAGGAUGUAGGUCAGUCAGCUGGACCUAGUACUAUUGCUGACUCACUGACUAAAAGGCAAAGGAAACGGGAAUCAUCUUCUAGAAAUCCUAAUGUAGCAUCUCAUAAUUCUGAAACUAUAUUCGUCAAUUCAUCUGGGGAAUCAUCAAGUUCAUCCCGAAGCCAUGUCAUGGAUCCUGAUUUAAAUGACAAUGACAACAAUAGUUCGGUUGCUCGGGCAAUGCAAUUAGAAGCAGAUGAGAUGUUGGCACGUGAACUCCAAGAACAGAUGUAUAAUGAUGAUUAUUUUGAUGACAGUUGGAUUGAUGAACAUAUAGCACGGGAGCUGCAGGAUGAAGCGGAUCUUCUGCACACGUCUACUGUUAAUAAUCAGAUACCUCAUCCUUCAAGGGCUCCGAGGGAAAAUAGACAGCCCCAUUCACGACCACAUCAAAAUCCUUCAAAUAGGAGGAGAACUAUGCCUCAAGUUACUCUCUCUAAUAGAACCUCACAGUUGAGGAGUCGCAUGACAACUCGAUCGUCAAGGCCUACCAUGCCAUCUAGAGGAAGAGGAAGAGGACGAGGACGAGGAAGACUCCCCCGGUUUCCUCUAGAUAUGGACCUAGACAUGAGACUUGAUAUAUUGGAAGCAUUAGAAGAUGCAGUAGGGGAUUUUAAUGAUAUGGGAAUGGGAGAUGACAUCCUUAAUGCUCAUCGUGAUUUCAAUGAAGAUGAUUAUGAAAUGUUAUUGGCCCUUGAUGACCACAAUCACCAGCAUACUGGUGCAUCUACCAAUCUGAUCAAUAGCUUGCCACAGUCUACUGUCCAGACUGACAACUUCACAGAGGAUUGUGCCGUAUGUCUUGAGACCCCUGUCAGGGGAGACAUUAUUCGCCACCUUCCUUGUUUGCAUAAAUUUCACAAAGACUGUAUUGAUCCUUGGCUUGGUAGGAAAAGGUCGUGCCCGGUGUGCAAGUCAUCUCUCACCUAAUCCUGCGUGGAAUUUAAAUAGUUAAUUUAUCGUGCUGAAGUGUGUUAUCUCAGCUGUCUCAUUUUAUCUCUCAAAGGGUAAAGAAAAGCAUGAACAGUUUGUUUAUGCAUGGAAGUUGUAAUUGUAACAAAGGCACACUUCCUUUUUAGUGUCCUAUUUUCUGUCAUAGAUAUCUAAAAGUGAAUAGCAAGGCGUAGAAAAUCUGCAAGUUGAUAGCUUUUUUUGGUGCUGAUAUACUUUGAACUAUGGUUAGUUCCGGGAUCACAUUUUAGGAUAACUAUUCUGAAUUGAAGCCCUGCUGCUGGUUGUAAUGGAGCCUUCAAGUCAGUGGCAAAUACCAAAGGCUGUAUUAUUUCAUAAGUCAGAUGUGUUACAACUUGAUGGAAACACAGUUUUUGGUGGUUAUUGGAUUGAAAAUGAAUUUAUUAAGAGUUCAAGGUAAAA